GUCGCGGAUAGGUUCGUGUAGAUGGGAUCUCCACAUGGCCACGCCCACUGCCCGAUACAUACCGACCAAUUAAACUAGAUCAAAGCAGCUCGGGUUUCCAAUUAAGACAAGACGCUGAGCGCGCGCGCGCGAGCACGUCUGUGGGACUGCACGCCGCUUUGAGAGCCGGAUAGAAAGGCGAACUCGAGGAACGUGCCUGUGAGCAAGCAGCGUUUAUAUCCGCAACCAUACCAUUUACGAAGUGCGUUAAUCUGGGGGAUUUGGGACGGAAAUGCUGCAUUGAUUCAAAACACCGGCUCUUAGCGCGUGCAUGUGCCAGGGAGAGAGAGAGAGAGAGAGAGAGAGAGAGAGAGAGAGAGAGAGAGAGAGAGAGAGGGAAAACACCUUAUCUGAAAUGAAAUGAGGACCGAAUUGGAAAAGAGAGACAACAUGAAGAAGAAAUGCGCCAUCUCGAAGAUCUUUAAAGUUCGUAAGAGGCGGGAGCUGCUGUGCGCGCAGGCCGGUUUGUUAUGCAGCAUGCUGCUGGGGGUUUGGUCCAUGUCGGAGCUCCUCACCCAGGCAGGUCACGGCAUGAUCAUAGACGGUGGGAUAAAUGUUGACGCCCACUGGGGCAGGAAACUGAUGGCUACAGUGCAAAACAACGAGACACUGAAGAAGAACUGUACUGAGCCAGCCGUACAUGAAUUUCCUGAUGACUUUUUCACGAAUUCUGAGCGGAAAAGUGGAGCAGUGCUAUUGCAUAUCAUAGCGGCGCUGUAUAUGUUCCUGGCACUGGCCAUUGUGUGUGACGACUACUUUGUGACCUCUCUGGAGAAGAUAUGUGAGAAGUUGGAUCUUAGUGAGGAUGUCGCAGGAGCCACCUUCAUGGCUGCAGGAAGCUCGGCGCCUGAACUCUUUGCAUCCGUUAUAGGUGUGUUCAUCACUCACGGAGAUGUUGGAGUAGGAACCAUCGUUGGCUCGGCAGUCUUCAACAUCCUCUGCAUUAUUGGAGUGUGUGGGAUUUUUGCUGGACACGUGGUGCUGUUGACGUGGUGGGCUGUGUUUCGGGACUCACUCUACUACAUCCUGUCUGUUGUGGCACUGAUUGUCUUUAUCUAUGAUGAGAAGAUCGUAUGGUGGGAAAGCUUGGUGUUGGUGGUCAUGUAUAUGGGAUACAUUCUGAUCAUGAAAUUUAACUCCACCAUGCAGACUUUUUUCACUGGAAAAGGGAAGAAGAAUGUUGCUAACGGAAACGCAACAAGCGGACACGAGCUAGAGGACGUCAAACCUAGUAAGACCUACAAUCGAGGCUCAGUGAUCAUGGUAGACGAGAUCAUCAAUGCCAGUCCCCCGAAUUAUCGUUUUCCCGAGGCUGGGCUUCGUAUCAUGGUCACCAACCACUUCGGACCCAAAACUCGCCUGCGCAUGGCUAGCCGUCUCAUUAUUACAGAGAGGCAGAAAUUGGUGCAGGGAGCCAAUGGCAUUGAGGUGGCGGUGGUGGAUGGAAAGAGCGACAUCGAGAAUGGGAACGUGCCCGAGGACAAGCUGAGCGAGGAGGACGAUGGAGACCUGACCUCACCGUUCUCUAUACCAAAGGGCUGUAUGAACAAGACCAAAUGGCUGGUCUCAUGGCCUCUGCUGCUCCUGCUCUUCUUCACCAUCCCAAACUGCUCCAGACCUCGCUGGGAGAAAUACUUCAUGCUGUCCUUCAUCCUUUCGACGGUCUGGAUUGCGGUCUUCUCCUACUUUAUGGUGUGGAUGGUGACCAUCAUCGGGUACACGCUCGGUAUUCCUGACGUUAUUAUGGGCAUCACGUUCCUGGCAGCCGGCACUAGCGUCCCAGAUUGCAUUGCCAGCCUGAUUGUUGCUCGCCAAGGUCUGGGUGACAUGGCUGUGUCUAACAGCAUCGGCAGUAACGUGUUUGACAUCCUGGUGGGACUUGGAUUGCCGUGGGCUCUGCAGACGAUGGCCAUCAACUACGGCUCAGUGGUGAUGAUAAACAGUCGAGGGUUAGUGUACUCUGUCGUGCUGCUGCUUGGCUCCGUUGCUCUCACUGUCCUGGGAAUCCAUAUCAACAAGUGGAAGCUGGACUUUAAGCUGGGUGCGUACGUGCUGGUCCUGUACGCCAUCUUCCUCUGCUUCUCCAUCAUGAUCGAGUACAACGUGUUCACCUUCGUCAACCUGCCUAUGUGUCAGGAGGACCAUUAAAAUCCACUCCGUCUCCUCCACAUCCUGCUAAUGUUCACCUCCAUCCAGUCCCUCUAGAUUUUUUUCUCUCAACCCUUACCCAAAUUCUCUCUCUCUGUCUGUUCUUUACUAGCCGCUGGUCUUCCACUGCAGUAUCAAAACCACCAUUACCUCAAAGUGGACCGAGAUGUCGUUCUUUAUCUUGCGUUCAAUUCUAGAUAUUCUUUCACUGACAGCAGUCCACAAAGUGUUUGAUGUUUAUCUGGUGACCAGGAGCUUGUCUCACCAUAGCAGGUCAAUAAAACAAUAACACAAGCCCUCAGUCAUGAAAAACCAAGUUCUCUCCAUGAUCCAAAACAAGGAUCUUCUUGUUGGCAGCUGAUUUAUUCUUGGGGGG